AUGUGUGAAGAAGAAGAUUACUUGAAUAAUACUGACCUUUUCAUUGGAUCUUCAAAUGUUUGGAUUGGAAUAAAAUUGGGAAAUGAAAACAUUACUCUUAACCUAAAUGGGAAUUACAAUGCAUCGUCUCUAACAGAAACUACAGGACACGUACAUAAUUUAGCUGCGAUACUAAAAGCAAUAAAAGGCGAAGACGGUACCCUAACCAUAUCCAUAGGAAAUAAAACAUACCAGGAAUCAGUCUCUGGACUAGUUGGAAUUAUAUCUUUUAUGGGAGUUAAACCAUACCUUCUGCUGUUAAAUGGAACCAAUAUGUUAUAGAUGGAAGAAUAACUAACCAAUUAAAACCAUUUUAUUUAUAAUAAUUUUUCUUGGGCAUUUAAUUGUUUUUGGGAUUAAUAUUAAUUGUUCUUG